CGGAUGGAGAGAAUAAAAUGGGAAAUCAUGGUUGGGAUUUUCAAUUCAGGCGAGAUAUCAUGAAUACGCGCUGACUAGAUGAAGAUUAUACAGCAGACUGUAGAACUGUGGUUUUUUUCGAACACUCCUUAUACUGAUGUUAUAUGACGACAAGACAAUGGAGACUUCUUAUAAAUGUUUAUGUACAUCUCAAGUAUUUGGCCUAUUUGCAUGCUUUGACAAAAUCGUAACGUUUCUUCAAAGAUUCAUAUCUCACAGUCUUCCAUCCCAAGUAGAUGCCAUCAAAACUUGUGAUCACCUCAAUCACUCGACCAGCACUACCGUCAUCCACCUGAUAGGAAUUUCCAAUCUGAACAAUUUCCUCCCCCUGUCCGAUUUCUUCUAUUAUAACAUGGGGCAGGCUCGCAUCUGCAAACUAGCAAUAAUCCUAUGCAUUUAAAUUUAUGACGUACCAUGCUCAUACAACAUUGUAAUAUGAGAGUCAUGUUCCCUUUCAAGGAGCCACGGAUUCUGAAUCAGCUCUGGGUC